CCCCAGGCAGACGCUCUUCUCCUCCAAGACAGUCACCACCAUGGCUCGAGCCACCCUCCUCCUCGCCGGCCUGGCCCUGGCGGCCGCCCUGGUGCUGGCCGUGGCCAAGCCCCAGCCCGGCAAGCUGGACUCCGUGGACGUGGACACCGUGCUCAAGAACAAGCGCCUCUUCGACAACUACGUCAAGUGCAUCCUGGACAAGGCGCCCUGCUCCGUGGAGGGCACCGAGCUCAAGCAGCGCCUGCCCAAGGACCUCGCCAACAAGUGUGCCGACUGCACGCCCAACGACAAGACGCGCGCCAGGAAGGUGGUGAACCACCUCAAGAGCGAGCGCAAGGACGUGUGGGAGGCCUUCAAGACCAAGUUCGACCCCGAGAGCAAGUGGGGCGACCUGGACUGGCUCAACUAAACGAGAGUGCCCCCGCCCCGUGGACACCCCUCCCCUCCAUCUGUGAAUACGCAUCCAGUUGAAGCCAUCGUUCGAGUCAUUGCCGACGUCUUUCGGCCGUUUCGUUAAGCGACAUUGUUACACACUUCCCGUGUCAGGGAAGUGUUUAGUGCUGUGAUCCUCCUCUGUAAUUUGUACAUUAAAACUACUUUUUGAAACAGAAAAA